CAAAGCAAGAGCCGGCGGGCCGGCAGGGCGGGAGCCCGAAAGGCGGAGACCGGCCUUCCUCUCCCGGUUCUGCCUCUUGCAAAGGGAAGAGCCGGGGCCAGGCAAAGGCUCCUUGUUGCAUGGAGCCUCGGCCGCCUGAGACGUCUCCAUGCCGACGACGCGGGAGCGGAUCUUGGGAGAAGAAUUCUGCCCAGGUCGGCCCAGGGGAUCGUCUGAAUGAACCCCAGCGGCGUUUCCCCGCUUUCUGAUGAGGCCUCUCGACCGCCCGCAACGCUGCCGACCGAGGGUGCGACUGGCUUGGGUGACUUUGUGCCUGGCCGCCCAGUGGGCUCUGCAAACUCAAGGCGGAGAACUAUCGUUACUAGUCUCACAACCAAACAUCAACAGUUCGGUGGCUGAAAAUGUUUUGCUCUCCGUGGCCUAUACCGGCAAGACAAGCCCGGUGAUUGAGUGGAAACACACAUCGGCAAGCGGCACAACCAAAAUCGCCGAAUGGAAGCCUGGCGUCUAUGCCAAUAUAUCCGGCAGUUACAAAGACAGAGUAAACAUUUAUGACAAUGGCUCUCUGCAGCUCCUGAAGGUGGAUUUGAAAGACACCGGUUAUUACUUAGUCACGGUGAGAGACGAAUUGGGAAUCAUCCUAUAUGGGACCAUCCUUUUGAAUGUUUAUGAAAUUCUCUAUGAAGACCUGCAUUUUGUGGUUGUCUUCUUUGCCUUCCUCGCCGCUGCGUCCGCUGUUCUGAUCUGCUUGAUGUGGUUGUGCAAUAAAUACGUGCACUUUCUGCAAACCGAGAGGCAGCAACUCCGAGGUAAAUGCCUAUUUAACACCGCAACUUAUUGGACUGUGGAGAAGGAAAAUUCCAAGUCAUCUUGCUGGAUUUUGUUGCGCUGGUUUCCCCUUCAUGUUUUUUUAAGCUUUGGAGAUCUUUUAAAAUGUGUCUGUAGAUGUGUGUGUAUGUGUGUGCGUGUGUGCGUACAUGCAGCAUACACGCCUUCCUGUCAAGUGUUCAAUCUGAACUGAUCUGGAAAGGCAUGCAACCCAGAGUAGAGCCAGUCCUGUCAAUUCUAGUUCAAUCAUUUUUACUUAGUGCAGGAACUAAUUUACAUGCUUUUCCUCUAUACUCAAAGAGGUUAGUGUACAAUCCGUUCAGAUUUUUAUUUCUGACUGCUUCCUUGUCGUCUGAUCAGUCUUAAUCAACAGGAUUCUUUUUUCAUUUAUAGUAAGCGAAACUGAAGAGACCGAGCUUCAAACAAUGGGGUGUUAGCAGUGCAAUGCCACAAAGAAGAGGGAGUUCAAGCUAUUCUCCAAAGCCCCUGAGGGCAGGACAAGAAGCAGUGAGUGGAAACUAAUCAAGGAGAGAAGCAACCUAGAACAAAAGAGAAAUUUCCUGACAGUUAGAACAAUUAAUCAGUGGAACAACUUGCCUCCAGAAGCUGUGAAAGCACCAACACUGGAAGUUGUUUUAAAAAAGACUGGAUAACCAUUUGUCUGAAAUGGUAUAGGGUUUCCUGCCUAAGCAAGGGGUUGGACUAGACGACCUCCAAGGUCCCUUCCAACUCUGUAAUUCUAUUCUAUUCUAUUCUAUUCUAUUCUAUUCUAUUCUAUUCUAUUCUAUUCUAUUCUAUUCUAUUCUAUUCUAUUCCUAUACUAUACUAAACUAAACUAAAUUAAACUAAACUAAACUAAACUAAACUAAACUAUCUAUGAAUCCAUAGAAAUGGUAGAAGCCCACACCUUUUUUUAAAACGACCCUGUAAUCCCUUUGAAUCAGGGUGGAGUCGGGGUGACUGAAUGGAGCUCAAGUGUUUACUGGCCAGAUGCCCUUCCUGACAUCUACGGAGCUAGCAGCAGGCAAUAACUCAUUGCGCCCGGAGAGAGAAAUAUCUGCUGCUACCUAGGAUCCAAUGCACAGCCUCCUGAUUGUGAAGCGAGCGCUCCACAUAUAGGCCACCAUGCUGCCCAGUAGAAGACCACAUGCUUUUAGAAAAACUGCAAUUUUUUAUUAAAUUAUAUUUACAAAUACAUUUACCACCACCACCACUAUCAAAGAGUUACCGAUGGAUGUAUUAAAAAAACCCAACAAUGAUUAUAUGGAAAUUUGUAGUAUUGUUAACUUUUCAAUAUUUGAUGAAGGCAAUAUUAAACAUUCCAUUUCUUUUUGUAUUUUCCCUCAUUGUUUCAUGUUACCAAGUUGUGGUCAAACAGAUAUCAUAUAUUUUUAUUUCAUUAGCAGAUAUUAGUCCUGGGUUGGUUGAGUACGUUUGUAAACUUUUUACACUCAUUUUUUAAGUGUAAAAAUGAAG